AUGCAAACUGAUGAACUACACUUGAAAGCCAUUGACAAAUCUCUAUGGAGAAAUCCAAUAGACAUGCUACAAGAAGUUCAACGCUUACAAGCAGAGAAAGAAAUAGAACAGCAGAAGAUCCUGGAAGCCACACAGAAAGAAAUUGAAGACCCAGAAUUACAAAAGGAAGCAGAUGCUCUUGCGAUUGAAGAAGCCAAAGUACGUCGCGAAUACGAAGCUGCCCUACAAGAAAACGCAUUGAGAGAACAAGCGCUUCAAGAACAAGAUGCAUUAGAGCAGAUAGAGUUGGCCAAAAUGGCGAAAAUGCAGGCAGAGAUCGAUGCGAUGGAAGAAGAGCUUCGAGAAUUAGAGUCCAAUGAUCCAUCUAAGGCGAGCAUCACCACAGAUGAACUUCGAUUAGGUCUGUAUACUGGUUUAGGCGUAAAAGCCGACAUCCGCAAUGACAAGCCUGUGGGAGUUGUGCUCACAUCAGCGAACCGACAAGACCUCCGUGUGAUGAGAUUGGAUCAGUACGAUGCAGAUUAUCUCUCAAAUCAAAUUUGGGAAUUUAUAUCUUGA